CCGCUCUUCUUAUAUGAGUGCGUGUCAUUUUCCCCCAUCGAAUUUGUUUGGUGUUUUUGUUAGGCGAAAAUGAACAAACUAAAUGAAAAUGCACGGGAGAGAAAGCAAAUCAAGCUGGGCGAGAUCGACACGGGCCCGAUUUUAGUGGCCCUUCUAUUGGGCUUCAUCGCAGUAGCUAUCUUUGUGAUCCUGCGAAAACGGUCCGCUGGCCGCAAGGACUUCCUGCUUACUGGACUCAGUGAAUCGGGCAAAAGCGCAAUCUUUAUGCAGUUACUCCAUGGCAAAUUCCCGGCAACUUUUACUUCGAUCAAGGAGAAUGUAGGAGAUUACCACGCGGGCAGCUCGUCGGCCAGAUUAGUGGAUAUCCCCGGACAUUACCGAGUGCGUGACAAGUGCUUUGAGCUUUAUAAACAUCGUGCCAAGGGCAUUGUCUUUGUAGUGGACUCGGUUACUGCCCAAAAGGACAUUCGUGAUGUGGCUGAUUCGCUGUACACCAUCUUAUCAGACAGUGCCACCCAGCCCUGUUCAGUGUUAGUUCUCUGUAACAAACAGGAUCAGACCACCGCCAAGAGUGCUCAGGUUAUAAAAACCCUACUUGAGAAGGAGAUUCACACAGUGCGUGACACAAGGAGCCGAAAACUGCAGUCUGUGGGAGACGAGGAAACCCAGAAAACCAUCACUCUUGGCAAGCCAGGUCGCGAUUUUGAGUUCUCACACAUCGCACAGAAUAUCCAGUUUGUGGAGACCUCCGCCAAGGAUAAGGAACUGAAUCCCCUCACCGACUGGCUAGCUCGCCUGCUAUAAAAUUGCCUCAGUCUGAAAACAACUGGAAUCCUAUAGAAACGAAUGAGGAACACAAAACAGAUUGAUAUUUAUUUUACUGCUUAGCGCCCUUUUUAACAUGUAUGUCUGCCAUGGAGAUACAUUCAAAUGUUAGAGUAUAAAUCCUUGCAUUGUUAACAACUCGUUUUCCCCAACCCUUUUAUAUCCUUUUAAUUUACCGUUUUAAUUUAAGGUCGUAAUGGAAAUUUGUUUAUACAUUUAGCAUUAGUUUGUCGGUAAAUUUUUGAAUAAGGAUCAAAUUGUAUGAAAACUUUUAUAUAAAAACGUCAAAAACAA